AUGCUCCCGUUCCAGCUGAAGAUCGCGUGGUGUGUCCUUUCACUAACCGGUACGUGUGCCGUAUGCUGUACUAUUUUUCUGUGGGCAUUCGGGAGGGUCGCAGGGUCGAAAUGGGGCCCCAUGCUAUACUGUGUGGGGAACAUCAUGUUGCAAGGAAUGUUCUCCCUUGGCAUGAUAUUCAGGAUGGACCCUUUCGCGAUGCCGCGAUCGUUUUGCAUGGCUCAAUCCAUUCUGAUAACGUUUUCGACGGACUUACUCACAGGCGUGGCUAUCGCGUUCUCAAUGGCGACCUACGCUGCCGUUCUGAAGCCGAAAACGUGGAGUGACGGCAGACGAGCCCUGCAAUGGCGGAACUCGUACAUGCUCCCUCUGGUCGCAUUCCCAGCCAUCGCCACGACAGUGCAUAUAAUUCUUGUUGUAAAACUCGACGCACUACAGCCUAGCGAUGGCAUGCAUUGCGAUGCGACGUCGCCUCAAUGGACUCGCCUGUUCGGCUUCGCGGGCGUACCCCUCCUCAUGACCAUACCCGCGAUCUACCUCUCUACCACCUCCAUUUUGCAGAUCCGCAAGACGAACCAGCAUCUCCAGCGCGCAGCGCGGCCCGAUAGCCUCGUGGACGAGCUUAAGCGCUCGAUGUCAAGGAAUAACAGCGGCCGGAGGGGAAUCGGCGCGGGUGCAGGAAACGCUCGCAAGGGCGGUAAACGCGGAGUCUCCAGGGAUGCAGAUUCGGCUGGGAAGAAGGCGAAAGGCAAGACGAGCGUCAAGACGCAGGUAGAAGGUGGCCGUGAGGCCAUCGUACCUGCUAUCUCGAGUCCGACGUUCACUGCGAAGAAAUUCCAUCUCCCAUUCGGACGUCGCUCGCGCUCGCGCUCCGCCACGCCAACGUCGCGCGUAACGCCACAGUUGUCAACUACGGCUCCCCGUGAGGGCGGGGACAAAUACGCGGAGGACGAUAAUGACGAAGAGGAGGAGGAGAAUGAUUACAAGUUCAAUGAAGAUGAAGACGACGACGCGAGCUCGAAUAUCUCUGUGACGUUCCCUACCUUUGUCAAUCCGCAUGCGGCUCCUAUUCCUCCUCCAGCCCCCGUUCCGAUGCAAGCUCAGACACAAACUCAACUUGGCGUUACUGACGCGAAUAGAAGAAAUUCGAUACAGCAGCACCGGAUGACAGACCCUUCUGACCAAGAAAUCAAAGAGUUGCGGAAUAGUUGGCAUAAGAGACAGGCAGAGGCCGAUUCUGGCGUGGCGGUUGCAGUUGUACAAUCAUUGGACUCAGGGUCAGGCGGGGACUGGACAGUGGAGGACGAAGGAGAGACGAAAGGCAUGGGUAUGAUGGAGACGGACUAUUACGCGUUCACAGAGGCUGAACGGUAUGCUUCCAAAGGAAUGGGUAUGGAGUGCUUGUCGAUCAGUGGAAGUAGCAACUUCUUUGUGCCAGGUAUGCGUGGGAGGAGGCAAAAGAAACGGCAUCCGAGCCUAGCGCCUGCGAUACGGUGGCUUAUUUCGUUUCAAAUUCUUUUUAUAUUUGUACAACUGCUUGCCACCCUCUCGGUAAUCGUCGACCUAGCAUUGCGGCGUGCAGAGCCGACGCCGUUUGGGACGCACUAUGUGGCCUUGCUGCUGGCAGCCUGGGGGCCAGUAUUCAUCUUCGGUCGGUGCUCGGUUUACAUUUCGCAGUUUUUAACACGCUAA